UCUCUGAUAAUCUCAGACCCAACGCUCUCUGCGUAGCGAACCCGUAGUUUAGGGCUGUGAUUUCGAUUUCAGCUUCGACUUUCGAUCGCUCUCCAUUUUCGUGAAUUCAUAGCUGAUUGACACUUCCUUCAAAUUUCGUUUAUGAUGUGACUGGUUGAGGUUACUUCAAAAUUGUUUUACUUGAUCAUUGCAAUGAAGCUGUAGAAGAUAAUCUAUACAGACAGAUGCUCAUAAUUCAACAAUGAAGCGUUAUGUUUAUAUUGAUGAUGAUGAAUCAUCUCAUGAUAUAUACUGUGAUAAUCGUAUAUCAAACAGAAAAUAUACAGUAUUAAACUUUCUUCCAAAAAAUUUAUGGGAACAGUUCAGCCGGUUCAUGAAUCAGUACUUUUUGCUGAUAGCUUGCCUACAGUUAUGGCCUCUCAUUACUCCAGUAAAUCCUGCCAGUACAUGGGGUCCGCUUAUCUUUAUUUUUGCUGUCUCUGCAUCAAAAGAGGCUUGGGAUGAUUACAAUAGAUAUCUUUCAGACAAAAAGGCAAAUGAGAAGGAAGUCUGGGUUGUGAAGAAGGGCAUCAAGAAACAUAUUGAAGCCCAGGAUAUUCAUGUAGGUAAUAUAGUAUGGCUACGUGAAAAUGAUGAAGUGCCUUGUGACCUUGUUUUAAUUGGUACCUCUGAUCCUCAAGGAGUUUGCUAUGUAGAGGUAAUUAUGUUGUGAAACAUGCUAAAGUUGGUCUUCUCUCUCUGCAGCAUUGCAGGGGGGAAUUGGAAUGUAGUUCCACUAUGUUUCUUCUAAAUCUU